AUGGGGGACGAAGUCAAACGGUUAGCAUUAAUAGACGCAGGAAAAUUUAAUACACUCAUGGAAAUGUUAACUGAGAAUCGUAAUAGACAAAAACUAUUGAACAAUGCAAAACGUAGUGCUGAAGACGCGGGUCUUAUUGAAAGUUGUGCAACUGUUUUAAAAUCUGUUAAAAAUAAAUCCUCAACUGCGGGUAAUGACGUUAUUAAUUUUCUAAAAAAAACUGAUAAUUAUCGACAAUCUGUGGGGUUAGAUAAUGAAGAUGAUAAUAAUAAUAAUGAAAAACCAAUUGUCACACCCGCACCACCGCCCGCAACUGCGGGACCCGCAGGUGCAAACUACAAACCAGGUACAGUGGCGGCUUCUACAGCAAAAAUUGAAGAGCAUUCUCGUACAAAUGGUGUAAAACCUUCUGCAAAUGGUGUUCAAUUUAAUGGUGGAAUGAUCGGUGUUUCUUAA